UCCGUGAUAAACAAAUUGUCGGUUAUGGAGUAUCCAAGCAAAAAAAAGCCAAUUUUCAAGAGAGCUCGGAAACUUCCAUUUCAUCGAAGAUAUCCUAGAACUUUUUUUUUUGGUCUUCUUGGGUCUUCUAUGCUCAUAUUCUUUAGCCGGCCAAUAUAUGACUUAAUAUACCGACCAGCAACCAUAGAUCCUUACUCUAUAGAUGCUGAAACUCGAAAGAAAAUAGCUGAUCGGAGUAGAAGAACUCCUUCAAUUUUCCAUUAGCAUUUGUAUUCUAGCUCAUGUUUUAUUCUGUAAUAAAGUUAAAUUUCUAAAGAAAAAUUCAAAAUGAUUGAUAAGAAUGCUCCUAUUCUCACAGACUUAUCCCAUGAGCUAAUUUGUCACAUUCUUCAAUAUCUUUCUUUACAGGAUGUAUUGUCAGUAUCAUUGUUAUGCAAGAAAUUACUAGAUGCUGUAUCUAUGCAUCUUCGUCUUUGUAAGAGCAUUGACUUUUGUGAGGGAAAAAUUUAUGGUUAUAUGCCAUCAUCUAUAACAGAUGAUCACAUGCAUUGUUUAUUUGAUAAAUGUCCUAAUCUAGAAAUUGUAUAUGGUCUACAUCCAUUAAAGGUAGAGAGGAGGAGAUUACGAAAGAGAUCUGCUUUAACUGUCCCUGGUAUAAUUGAAGCUUUAAGUUUGUGCCAUAAUUUAAAGUCAAUAGAAACGAGUGAUCUGAGGUUGCUGGAAGCUAUAAUGCAACAUCUUCCACAGAUAAAAAUUAUUGGACAUUUUCAAAACCGAGAUGGAGUAUUCCCACCUCAAGCUUCUCAUAGACUGAAACUUUUUCAUUAUCCUCGAAUAUCAUCAUUGCAUUUAAUUGGUGUAGAAGUACCAGAGCUAACUUCCAUGCCACAUUUAGAACAUCUUCACUUGCAGUGUGUUCGUUUUACCAAACUUCAACCGUUUCGAGCUUUUCUAGCAAUAAGGCUGAAGACAUUUGUUAUGAAACAUUGUAUGGGCCCGACUUUAUCUCUAAGGUACUUGUCACUCAUAAUUGCCUUAAGUUCUGCACCAAAUUUAACUCGCUUAGAACUUGUCCGUGUUCCUUUGCCUGGUGGACUCUUUCAGCGUGCCGUAGAAGACUCUUAUAGGCAUAGUGGAUUUGUGAAUUUAAAAACACUGGUGAUUUCAGGAUGCAAGGGUGUUAUGGAAGCUGAUUUAGGUCAUCUAAUGAUUGUAGCCAGCAAAAAUUUAGAGAGAGUUUUCAUACAGCCAUCUCUUACGAGGGAUAGCUUAUUUGUUUCACUUUCAUUUGCACAGUGUGAAUUUCCUAAGUUGAAAGACAUUCAUUUGGGAUAUGUAGACAAAUUGGAUUUUACAGGAUCAUGGUCAAAUGAUAGUUUAGUAUCUUUGGGAUUAGCUGAAGUUCCUGAUACACCAUCAUCUUUAACUGAUAGUGGCAUGAAAGUCAUCAGUGAAUUAUUUCCUCAUAUUAAAAGGAUGUCUGUCAGUAAUUGCCCUCAUUUAAUGCUGAUGGAUCAGUGGUCAACUCGUGUAGAUGGUCAAAUGCAAGGCUGGGAAGAAUUAACUGAUUUGACUUUGCAACGAUGCCAUUGUUUACAAUUACUAACUUUUGCUGAAUUCCUUGAACAUUUACCAAAUAUUGAAGUUGUCAUAUUGAAUGAUAUGUUCAGGGAACCACCUAAGGGUUGCAGUCAUGUUGGUCUAAGUGCAGGAACUGGACUUGGAAUGUCUUCUGCAGUUGUUAGCAAUCAAGAUGAGCAUAUUGCUGUUCAAGGUCAUCAACAAGAUUUUGAGCUUCAAGCCGAUGAUCAUGUAGAGAAUGAGGAGAUGGAUAGAGAUUUCAUAGAUGUGAUUGAAAAUGAAGAAAAUCCUGAUCAGCAUAUAAUGGUUUUGCAACAAGAAUUUUUUGAUGAGGAAAAUCAUGUUGCUCCUGCUGCUGUUAUACAAAGAGAAAAUGUUGAUCCUGAAAAUAGAAUUGAGAAUAUGGCACAGGAGGUACCCGAAAAUCGUAUUCGAAGAGAACUGAAUGAAGAUUAUGAUGGAUAUAUGAAUGAAAAUAAUGCAGAGGAUGAUGGUUAUGACCCAAAAUAUAUGUUAUUUGAUCAGUUCGUAUCAUCAUCUAGUGAUGAGGAUGAUCAGCCGAAGCCUUCGAAAAUGUCUAGAAAAGUUGGCACUGAUUCAUAUGAUUUUCAGACAAUUGGUGCAGCAAAUAAUAGUUGCUGUAGUGAAUCAUCAAAAUAUCCAUUAGCCGAACAUAAAUCAUCACCUGUUUUACCUGAUGGAAAGGAGAAUGUAGAUUCUGAUGAUAAAAAGUGUUCCAAUAAUCAAAGCCAAGAUAAGAGUUCUAGAAAUAAGAGUGACAAUUCUUAUGUAAAGAAGUGUGCACAUUCAAAAAUAUGCACAAAUAAAUGUUCUAAAGGGUUUGAUCCAAACCAGCCUUCAACAUCAAGAGAUGGAAAUUGCCUCGAUUGCUCAUGUGUAGAUUCUGAUGCUGAAAUGAAAGAUACAGGAAUUAAUGUAAAAAUUGAAUUAGAAUCUGAUGAUGAGAAUUUUCGGCUUAGAUAUCCUGUUCUUCAACCUUCUACCCAAAAAAUAAAAUACUAUGAUAAAAGAAACUGUGAUACUAUGAUGCCUGAUGAAGUACCAUUUAAAGGCCCUUUAACUCGGAAUCGUAAAAAAAUCCUUCAUCAGAAAAUUAAAAAAGAACCUACAUUGCUUGAACCGCCUGCAAAUAGAGGUGAAUCAUUUAAUGCACAAAAUAGGUUUCAUAUACCUUUAGAAAAUAAGUACUUCAUACCUGAAGAUGCCCCUGGAUUUAUAGGUAAUAUGCCUAUUAAAACUGAGCCAGUUGAUGAUGGAUAUGAAAAUCCAUUGAAUAAUCAAGAGGCUAUUAUAAGACCUCAGUUUAUAAAUCCCCCUGAAGAAAAUAUAAAUGAUGUACAUGAUAAGCAGAGGACAAGGAAACAUAAACUACGUCACAAGGGACGUAGCUCAACAGAAAAUCCUUUUAAUAAUCAAAAUAUUAAUAAAAAACAUCGACGUAGAAAUCCUUCAGAAGAAAAUGUAAGUAAAGCAUAUGACAAGUUAAGAGCAAAGAAGCAUAAAAAGCAUAAACAUAAGAAAAGCAAAAAAUCAAGUAAACAUAGUAGACCAUCUCGUAAAAAAGGACCUAUUACUCGGAGUAGAACUAGUAGACAUCUGCAUGAGGGACGUGAGGUAGUGAGCCAAGGAACUCAAGCUACUAGUGCAGACAUUCGCCGUUCACUUAGAAGACAAAGAAAUUGUUCUUUACGUUGUAAGAAAAAAAGCAAUAGUAUUUGUGGUUCUUCACACCGUAAAUCUCAUAAUCAUAUUUCAGCUCGGCAACAAAUGAAGAGGCCAAAGCAAACUAAUCCAAAUGUAGAAGUUCAAAAUAAAUCAACAAGUACAAGUGAUCCUUUAAUGGAAGAUGAUGCGGUUCAGAUGUUACGAUUAGUAUCAGAGUCUUUGAUUAGUCUUACUAUAAUAUCAUGUGGGAUAUCUGAUCUUUUUAUUGAUGAAUGUCUUAGUUUGCGUCAUGUCGAGGUUCAGGCAUGUCGAAUUUUAAAAAUGCUCCAAAUAGGUUCUUCUCCUUAUCUGGAACGAUUUAAUGUCAGCCAAUGUCCUAAACUGAGCUUAGAAGUAGUAGUAAAUGAAACUCUAGAUUUAGUAACACAAGGAAAACUACUAGUCUGUUUUGAACCAUGUAUGCAGGUCUAUUAUCCAUCAGAUACUGAGAAAAUCAUAUUUUCAAAAGCUGCUCAAGAUAUUAAUAUUGUCCUAUAUCAGGAUUUUACAAGUCCUGCUAAUGAAAUUGUUCAAGCUAUUGCCAAAGAAAAUCUUUUGGCAUGGACUGAUAUAACUGACAAAAUGUAUGAGAGUCCCGUAUACCAAAGUUUCCAUAAACAUUGGUUAGUAAAAGAAAGAAAAAAUAGGAAAAAGAGGAUAAAAAUGUUUCAUAGAGAAAACAGAUCACGAUACCCUUAUGGCCAUUCUUUAAGAAGAAUCCAUGGAGUAUUCCCAUUGCCACUAUCGAAUGACUCAGAUUGUGGUAAAGAUGGAAAAUAUCAGAUUUUAACUAACGAUCAUCUUUUUACAUCACUUCUUGAAAAUAAAUCUUGGGACAAAGGAUUUCCAGCUCCAGAAGCAUGCGAUGAAUGUGCAGAAGAUAAUCUUAUGUUAUCCAUGAUGGACACUGAAUGUACUCAUAGGAAAUAUAAAUUGAAAAGGAAGACAACUGCAUUUUAUAUACCUUUCAGUGACAGUAAUUAAUUUAUUUUGCCAAAAAAAAAUAUAUACCAUUGUAAUGUAUGCUGAAUUUUCUUUACUAUUUUAAGAUAAAUGAAAAUAAAUGACAUUGAGUACAAAUAUUA